GCUUUUCGGACAACAAGGCCCGCGAUCUGCCAAGGCCAGCAUAUCAUACGAUGGCCUAUCUAGCCACUCAGUCUAGUGGUGAUAACAACUCCGCUGACUGACAUGGCAGGUUCUGAAGCAUGUGUCCGGGACACCAGUGGUAUUGGCGGCACUCAGUCCGGCACUCGGGCACGGGGGAGCAUGCCGUGAUCGAGAAACACUAACUGCCCUCCCUCGUGCUUGAGAUUGGGAGCGAAGCCCUAUAAAAACAACCAUGACGGCGCUUCCACAUCAUGUAUAAUCAUCCUCGCAUCAUCUCACGCUCGUUUUCAUACCAACCCAUUUCGGCCAACUGUCAAUAUGAAGUUUACCACUGCCACCACCAUUGCCAGCGUGCUGGCCGGAGUUCAGGCUAUUAAUUCCUCCUGGGCAAGCUACAGCGCGGCCCCAUCCAAGCUCCAUGACAUGCAAGCUCGGGGUGGCGCCCACCACGGCUGGGAGACCAGCAGCUUCGUUCACGCCAACACCACUUCGAGCCACCAUCACCACCACUCAUCGUCGACUUCGACCACGAGCUCGUACCACCACCACCAUCACUACAACCACAGCUCCUACUCGACACCUAUCUACUACCCCGUCAACACCACUACCACCACCGCCCCUACCAUUGUGACCUCUCUUACCACCGCACCCACUCCUCCGGCUCCCAAGACCACGGCAUACACUGCUUCAGCAGUCGCUCCCCCCGCUCCGGCUCCCGUGGCACCUGCUCCUACGCCUGCGGCCGUGGCCCCCAUUCCUGCGCCUCCGCUCUCGGCCAACCCUGCUCCCACGCCAAAGCCGGUCACUCCGGCCCCUGUCAUUCCCAUCGCUGCCGGUGGCGGCCGUACUGCCGCCCACGAUAUCCCCCGCGAGGUCCUCGCGAUCGUGGCCGGACUUGUUUUCUGGCAGUUCAUGAACUGAGUUUGGGACACUCUACUUUUGACGGCGAGGGGAGUCCGAGUCACAUCAUGUCUGCGCAUGACUGCCUCGCCGAAUCUACCUUUUGGGGACAAGAGGAGUCACUUGGAAUCGGGUUUUCACUCAUUUCCGAUCUCGCACACGGAGGGGAUUCCGCAAGGAUCAAGUGUGCUGGUGGUGGAGGUAAUCGUAAUAUCUGACGGGGAAGGUUAGAAGUCCGAUCAUUUAGUUCUGUAUCUGGGGAAAGAGGAGUAUAAGAGGGAUUCAUUCUGGGUUGACAGGUUCUGUAAUAUGAGAUUCAUUGUCAAUCGAUUUUGUUUUCUUGGAAGGUUUCGUGGUAAACUGAUGUAUGAGGUUGCCGCAGGAUCGUGUGGCUGUGGGUGCUCCAGCUGGGAACGUGGCUGGUUGUGGCU